CCGGUACAUAGUUACGAAGAUGGCUUUGCUGCAUGCUAUAGGGAAUGCCGGGAUGAACAGGUCGGUCAAACACAUCACUUCGUUCAUGAAGCCAAACACGGGUCCUCCAGAGUGGCGGAGAGCGGCAGUUUCUAGUCUCAAGCAUUUUACUUGUAACGAGAGUGCUGACUCUUUACUACACAGCGUUUUGCAUGACGACAACACACAGGUGAAAGAGGAGGCGUAUGAAGCGUUCCUUUCUCAUCCUAACAAAGGGAAGUUGACAGGAACUCAAAAGGAUAAUAUACUUAGCGCAAAUUAUACCUACCCUACCCUGUUACGACUACGGAGAGGUGUGGUCACUUAUAGCGCGAGCCUUAAAGAUGGACUGUACUUCGGUAUUGUACUUCCUGGCAUUCACUGGCAAAAAGUGAUUGGAAAUUCCGCCAUUGGAGCUGAAUUUGGCAUAACUUUGAGGAACAAUCUCGAGUUGGAACUAAAAUUCUUAUCUGGCCAUUUUGAGAUCGAUGUCUAUAAUGCAGCGUUUGCCGUUCUGAACCUCAAAUUACUCAAUUUACGCUACUCUUUACUUGACGCCAAGAUGUGUUAUAUGGGACACGUCGGAUACGACAUGAAUAUUCUGAAGGAAUUCGGGAUCAAUGACAUUAGGGACCUAGCUAAUUUAUUCGACAAAGUGAGCGCUACGGUGAUAGAUCCUGUUGUAAACGCAGUGAACGCCUUCAAAAGAAAAACCAUUGAUGCCGUUACGAUUACUCUUCCCUAUAUUGGCAAGAAAUUCGUCCAGAGUCUUAAGAAAAUUAUAGCUGCCGUCACGUCUUUUCUGACUUCUCCAAUUCAGUCAAUAGCUUCCCUUGCGAAAGGUCUUCUCGAGAAAAGGCUUGACCUGGAGAUAGUGCCAGUUACUCUUACCCUUCGAGCAUAUCUGAAGGCGGACCUGUGGUUUUUUAGUAAGACUAUAUUUUCCGCUAUUAUCUGGAGAUACAGUUCCCCGCCAACACACAGAAAUAUCUUUACGAUCGAGGACAAUAAACCAGAUACUGAUCCGCCAUUGAUCGAUUCAGAAGUCUCGCCAGGCGUCGAUGGAUGCAGUGUGACUCAGGUUGCCAAUAGGUCACCACUUGACACCGCGUUCUUACUAGAGGUAUCAGCUUCAGAUCCAAUGUUACAGGCUGGACAGAAUAUUACUGGUCCAGCCCUUGUGGUACCUACUACAGAGAUACCCAAUGGUAUACCGUUAUACUGGACCGUCAAAGCACGGAAUAGUGAGGGUCUUGAAGCUUUCACGACAUGCAGUCUUGACACUUACGACAAUACUUACCCAGAUGGACGAAUUGAUGCAUCAUUCGCCUUCUCUAGCCACCCAAGUGUCCUGAGUGGAACUGUUACGGUGUUUGACGACAGUCUCUUGAAGACACCUCAUUACAAGGCCGUUGGAUUUAGUUCUGGUGGGCAUGGAAAUGAGAUAAUGGAUUGGGGUGAAAUGGCACUCAACAACAAAAACCCUCGAUCAAAUGAACCGUCCGAUCUGAAAUAUUUUAGCACUCCCAAAGCAGGAAGACUGACGGUGGCAGGAUUUUCGUCAUUUAAGACAAGAACAGCCUUGUUAUGUGCACAGGAAUGUCUGAGAUAUGACAGAAAGUGUGUAGCGUUUGAUUAUGAGUACCGUACAGAAAACUGCGAUCUGCAUUCCGUUGUGGAGGGACAUCAAGCCAAGCUUAGAAUCAGUGGAACGUAUGCAAACUAUGAGCGCCUGAAUAUAGGAAGUGCAGCCUUCGUGUCCUACACAGAAUUACCCCUGGUCCACGGGCUGACUUACUUCAUCAACUUCCAUGUAACAAAUGUAUUGGGAUACGAUGGCUUUUUGAAAUCCUCUGGUACCAUUAUAGAUUUCACUCCCCCGGAGACAGGACCACUGGGUGAAGGGUAUACCGAGACCGUGCGAUCGGACAGAUGUCAUGCUGCCAUAACACAGAGGUGUAUAGACGUAACUGAUAUACUCAACCACAGAAUUAUUCUAGAUGGAGAGCAUGCGGAAGUAGUUUUUAAUGGACACGUUCCCCAGACAGAUUUACUCUACAGCUUGGCAAACCAUUUUCUCACAGUGAACUUUGACGGAUUCCAUGACAGUGAGACUGGUAUCUGGGGAUACACCUGGUCCGCUGGUACAUUGGCGUGUGGAUCAGAUGUGGUGCUAGAUAGAGAUCCACACGGUCAUUUGUCACAUAACAAAUACUGGACACACACAGGCUACACAAAGGACCUCCAUCUCUCUGACGGGAAAUAUUACGUCACGGUCAGUGUUAUAAACAAUGUAGUGUAUGGAGGGGCGUUAGUGACAACUGUCUGUCAUACAACUCCAAUUGUUAUUGAUACAACACCCCCUGUUUUCCAAAACGUUUCCGGCGUUUAUUACGACGAGGAUUUUGAUAUUUUGGCCAUUUAUUAUACGGCGUAUGACGAAGAUUCAAAACUCAAACUUAUUGAGUUUGGCCUUGGAAAGACGAAGCAUGACGUCACUAUCAGAGGUUACACAGAGUUUCCUCUUGUAACUGGGGAAGACCCGUUCGUUGGUGUUGAAGAUUUCGACCUGACGCCUGGGGUAUAUGCUUGGGUACGGUUACGUGUUGAGAAUAACGUUGGAUUAUUCACAAGUGGACACGGGGAUGAUCCUAUCAUGAUAGACAGAACAGCUCCUCUAGUAGGCGUCGUCAAUGAUGGACUAGUCCUAAAGUCUGACAUCCAAUAUCAGUAUGAUACAUCAACUAUCUGCGCCAAUUGGAUGGAUUUCUAUGAUCCCGAAAGUGGGAUAUCUAAAUUCAAGUGGGGAGUUGGUACAACUGAUGGCCGAGAUGAUACCGUACCGUUCCGGAAUCUGACACACCAUGAGAAACACGUAUGCAGUACCGGUCUGAACUUGCAACACAACAUGACUUAUAUUUCAACUGUUUUUGCCUACAACUCCGCGUUGAAUCAAAAAUUUGUCAACGCCUCCUCUAAUGGUGUACUGGUUGACGUUACACCUCCUGACGCUGGGUGGAUACAUGAUGGACUGUCCAUACACAGUGAUAUUCAGUUUUCAUCAGAAUCAGCUUCAAAGUCAUGCAACUGGAACAAUUUUACUGAUGCCGAGAGCAAUAUUGACCAUUAUAAAGCGUCGGUAUUUGUGAAUAAUGAACUACGUAAAACAUUUGGAUUAACAAAAGAAUCCAACGUGCUCACUGACCAUACCGUAACUAUGGACCACAAUGACGUCAUAUCCUGGACACUGAGCGCGUAUAACGGUGCUGGUCUUGAGAUUGGUGUUACGAGUGACGGAUUCCUGGUUGAUCAUACAGCUCCGGUGAUGGAAUACAUCCGUGAUUCAGACUCGGACAGUGAAUACCAAUCAAACAGCUCCAAAUUAGACAUUUCCUGGAAAGUGUCUGACCCAGAAUCAGGAAUUAGUCAUCAUUCCUUCUAUAUUCAGGAAAUGAAUCACAGGAUCAAAAUCCCGAUUUUGGCCAAACGAAAAACAAUAUGAAGUAAUAUAUGAAAGCACGGGGUUAAUGGAAUUUACUUUAGAGGAUUUGGCUUUGAAAGAUGGAGCAAUGUACAGUGUCAAAGUUAUUUGUACAAACAACGCCCUGCUAUCGACACAUCACGAGUCUCCAGGUGUCAUCGUAGAUACAUCAGCACCAGUUAUGACACAGGUUCGCGUUGGUGUGGUCGGGAACGAUGAGUACGUGGAUGAGAAUGGAAAUAUCCUUCAUGUCGACCAUGCACCACUUCGAGUUUACUGGGCUGGCUUUGAUGCCAACAGUGGCAUUAUCCAUUACUACAUUGGGGUAGGAACUGCAGCUGGAGACGUAUCUCUCACCAAUGGUGUACUGGACACAAAAUAUACAUCCAUUGUUCUUGAAAACGUGAACAUGGACGUUUUUGACCUAUCACAAAAAAUGUACUACGUAACAGUCUGGGCUAAAAACGGCGCGGGGUUAAUGUCCAGUUCAAUGUCAUCAAAACCUAUUAAAGUGGUUGAAGCAAACGUCCCAGGAAAUGUAAAUGAUGGUUUUAAAGAUUUCAGUGAUAGUGAUAUGGAGACAGACUUACGUUCAAUUGGCAUGUCCUUCAACGGUUUCCGAAGUGCUGCUUGCAACAUUAUGAGAUAUGAAUGGGCAGCUGGAUCAGAACCCUACUUUUCGGACAUUGUGCCAUUUUCAAAUUUUGGAAUAGUACUUCAAAAUCAAAGUUUUGGUCACGCACAGAUCAACAUUAAAUUGGAAGAGAACGUGUUAUAUUAUAUAACAGUACGUGCCACAACAGGACAUGGUUGUCAUGAAGAAUACAUUGUAUCUACAUCUGAUGGCUUUAAGAUCGACUUAACAGACCCGGUGAUAGUGGAGAUAGCCCCUCCAGAAAAUGAUACCAGUUACAUUCGCCAAGCUCAUAACUUGUUCAUGGGUAACGCUGAGUCUCCAGUAUUGUAUUGGGGAGUUCUUGAUUCGUCAGCUAUUACCUCUAUGAAAUGGGCAGCCGGGUCACUUCCGUAUAUGGACGACUUACAUAUGUUAUCAGAGACGCUGCAUUCUCGUUUACAGCUUGGGGAUUUAUCGGUAUCCAGUGGAGAAACUGUUUGGAUUUAUGUCAUCGCAGAGGAUGCUGCCGGAAAUACUGGACAUGCCUUAUCAUCGCCUAUCACA